AUGAGUAUGGCUACGGUUUUAGUCUACCAAAGCAGGACUCGAAGGAAGGCAUGCUGCAUCAGGGUAGCAAAAAUAUCUUCACAAGGUCGUACAUCAACUCCUGGUUCCGCCAAAAACACGGGAGCAGCACAAUCUAUCAUUGACCCACAUGAAGUUUUCCUCUAUUUUCAGCCACGAGAUAGUACCGAUAUACCAGUUUUGGAGCAACAAAAUCAGCAGCUUGACCGGGAUCUCACACCGUGGAACUCUGCCAUUAAUUCCAAACACCAAUCCAAUCACAUCACUUAA